AUGUCAAACAAAACCUCCGCCUACGGCCAGGCCGCAGGCGACACCGACUUCCGCAAGAAGUACGAUGUCGAGGAGUAUGCCGCCAAGGCCAAGAAUCGAGAGGAAGGAGAGAGGGAGGAGCGCAAGGCGCGCUACGAGGCCAAGCUCGCGGGCAAGAAAUACUACAAGCCGCUGGACGGCUCCGAGACGCUCACGACAGCCCGAAAUGCGACGCAGGACUUCAGCAAGCUCGUCGGCACGACGACCCUCGUGCCCGCCGGCUCGGCGGUCGGCAAGAGGGGCCGCGGCGCCGGGUUCUUCUGCGAGACGUGCGAGCUGACCUUCAAGGACAACAAGCAGUGGAUCGAGCACGUGAACAGCAUGCAGCACCAGCGGGCGACGGGCCACACCGGCGAGGUGAGGAAGGCGACGGCGGAGGAGGUGCACGCGCGGAUCGAGGCCGUCUGGGAGCGGAUGCAGGCCAGGAAGAGGGAGGAUAUCAUCACGCUGCAAGAGAGGCUGCAGGUGAGGAAGGAGGAAGACGACAAGGAGAGGGAGGAGAAGAGGCGAAAGAAGAAGGACGCGGCAGACAGGAAACGGCUCGAGAAGGAGGAGGCGAAGAAGGUCAAGACCGAGUACGGCGACGACGUGAGGAUCGAGGGCGAGCACGACGAGGAUGACAUGAUGGCGGUCAUGGGGUUUACAGGAAACCCGGUCGGCAUGGCAGGCUCGGCAGGCUCGGCAGCUGCCUCCCUCCUGCAGCGGCAGCUGAAGCAGAUGCAGGCUGGCAAGGACAUCCCGGGCAUAUCCUGCGGAUUGGUCAAGGACGACAACAUUUUCGAGUGGGAGGUGAUGCUCAUGAUCAACGAUGACUGCAAGUACUACGGCGGGGGGAACUUCCGCGCGCACCUCACCUUCCCGCCAGCGUACCCGCACAUGCCGCCGACGCUCCGGUUCCAGCAGCCGAUCCCCUUCCACCCCAACAUCUACGAGAGCGGCGAGCUGUGCAUCUCGAUCCUGCACCCGCCCGAGGAGGACCGGUUCGGCUACGAGGCCGCCAGCGAGCGGUGGAGCCCCGUGCAGACCCCCGAGACCAUCCUGCUGAGCGUCAUCAGCCUGUUCGCCGACCCCAACGACGAGAGCCCCGCCAACCUCGAGGCCGCGAAACUGCUGAGGGAGGACCGCGAGGGGCGGGGAAAGGAGUUCCGGCGCAGGUGUAGGAAGUGCGUGAGGGAGAGCUUGGGCGAGGAUUGA